CUCCUCUUUUGAGAGCAGUUGAAGGCCUUGUUUGACCAGUUGAAGACCUCGUAACGUUGCAACUGUCAUAAUAAUUCAAUACGGUCGACUGCACGCCAGCUGUGCACGUUCUUGCAGCGGUUGGCUAGCGUGCACUCCACUCUCUUGCAGCCACCUGGUGACAAAAGCAGCGCGGACGGAACAAUGCCGACCGCCGCCGCCGAGGGCAAGAGGCCAAAAGGAAAACACGGCGUGCACGUCGCGGCCUCGCCCACCCCGGACCGCUUCCUCUUCUCGGACCUCCCGACGCGCGAGGUGAAGGCUCUGAUUCGGGCGGCGCUGCCCGCGGGCGCUCCGGUCAAACUCGUGCUCGCGGUGACGGCCAAGGGGCGGUGGCGGGGCUGGGCGAAAAUCACGGCGGGCGACGAGGCGCGCGCGGCCGCGGCGGUCGCCGCGCUGGACGGCGCGGUCGUGAAGGGGGUGUCGCUGCGCGCGUCGCGCGGGCUCGGGCGGCGCGACAAUAUCUUCCCGUUCCUUGACCGCGGCCUGCGGGAAAGCUUCGAACUCGACUCGACAGCCGCGUACUCCGCCAUGGAUGAGCACACCACGGCGCUGCUGGCGUCCUUCCUGGCGGUCGUCUACGCAGGGGAGGACCUGGCAACGCUCGCCAUAACGGACGCGUGCGCCUGCACCGGCGCGUGCGCCGUGGUCCUGGCGAGGCAUUUCAGAGCCGUCGACGCCGUGGAGCUCGACGCGGGCCGCUGCGCGGCGCUCCGCAAGAACGUUGUGCUGUGCGGCGCGGACGUGACGGUCCACCACGGUGACUACAACGCGCUCUAUGACACGCUGCGCCAGGACAUCGUUUUUCUUGACGUGCCGUGGGGAGGUCCGGACUACGUGGAGGCGGAAGGGUCGGCCUGCGACGCGCUCGGCGACGUUCCCCUCGUCGACGUGGUCUUGAGGCUCCGCCGGCGCGCGUCUGCCGUGGCGCUGCGGCUGCCGACGAAGGGCCGCUUCGACGUCGACGCCUUCGCCGCGGCGCUCGUCGCCGAUAGCGCAUGGGCGGACGCGGAGGAGCGGUGCCUGCCGUUCCGGAUCACGACGCACCUCGCGCACCUAAUUGUCGUCUGCAUGCCCGGCCCGCGCUUCGGCCUCCGGACGCUCGACGCGACGAUGGCGGCGGCGCGCGCGUGGGACGAGCGCUGGCGCCAGGACCUACGGCCCGCCUUCUACGACUACGAGGCGAAACGGUGGAUCAGAGCGAGCCGGUGGAUCCCGGCGCGCGCGAGGAGGAGCCGACCGGCGGAAGACGACGCUCCGACGGCCUCGGAUGUGUAAGAAUAAUGUGCAUCU